GAGACAAGACACAUCAUAGCAGCCAUCAUCCAACAUGUGACCUACAAUGAAUUCCUUCCAAUGGUGCUUGGUGAAGAUAUGAUGAAGAUCUAUGGGCUACUCUUGGAGAAAGAGGGUUACUUUGAAUCUUAUGACCCAACUGUGGAUCCAUCAUCUUCUUCAGCAUUCAUCACUGCUGCAUUUCGCUUUGGUCACUCCAUGGUGCCAUCAACCAUUGAGAGGUGGUCUCCAAAGCACAGAUUCAUUGGCGCCCAAAGGUUAAGUGAGCUUCUGAGGCAACCAUUUGACCUUUUCAAGGGUGGCUGGAGUGACCAGUACAUGUCUGGACUGGUGAAUCAGGUUUCACAGGGCAUGGAUGAAGCCAUGUCACAGGAGGUGACGAACCAUUUAUUUCAAGAUCCCAUGGCUGAAUUUGGAUUAGAUUUGGCAGCUUUGAACAUCCAGAGAGGCAGGGACCAUGGACUGCCAUCUUACAAUGAUUUCCGCCAAGUUUGUGGCAUGCCAAGAGUUGCAUCAUUCCCACACCUCAGGAGGCUCAUGCCGAAUGCAACUGCACAACGUUUUGGCGACAUCUAUGCGUCUGUGGAUGACUUUGACUUGUGGUCUGGGGGACUGGGAGAGAACCCACUACCUGGUAGUAUGGUGGGUCCUGUGUUUGCCUGCCUCAUUGCCCUGCAGUUCAGGGAUCUGCGAUUUGGGGACAGAUUUUGGUAUGAGAAUGGCAACCAACUCAGUUCAUUCACUCCAGGCAAGUUCAUUCCAUCAUCAUGUCAAGAGGAAAUGAGAGAAUUCAGUGACUUUUCAUUGCAUUUUCUUCCGGUGAUGUAG